GUACGCCAGGUAGUGCUCCCACUGCACCGCCCGCUCGCCCUCCCUCCAGUGCUCGCCCCGCCUGCCUUUGCCCUGCUCGGGCGGGCGGAAGGACUGAAGCUACAAUGAGGAGCUCGCUGCCCGCGGGGAGAGACUGAGGAAGCUGGAUUUACUGCAAGAAGGGUGGGAGGAAGCCCCGGGAAUGAACCGGGACGGACACCCUGGUGGGAGUCUGUGAGCAGCGGAGCGAGUGUCCCAGCAGCUCGAGGUUUUGAAGCCACAGAACAUUUGUACAUGAGGAGGACCUAAGCCCAGAGAUGGAGUUUUGGUUUGCCUUCCUCUUCUUGGGGAUUUUCUCCAUGUCUGAUUCUGCCCGAGGCCCUCCGAGGAUCUCUGACCGUGUGGCCCCGAGGCAGUCAGCAAGACUGGGGAGGACUGUCAAACUCCUGUGCCCUGUGGAAGGGGACCCACCCCCACUCACCAUGUGGACUAAGGAUGGACGCACUAUCCACAGCGGCUGGGCCCGUUUUCGGGUCCUCCCCCAGGGCUUGAAGAUCAAGGAAGUGGAACGAGGGGAUGCAGGCACCUACGUAUGCAAGGCCACCAAUGGCUUUGGCAGCCUGAGUGUCAAUUACACACUCAUUGUGAUGGACGAUGUCGCCGUGGGCAAAGAGAAUCCAGGACCCGAAGGCCCUAACGGUGAGCAGGAAGACACGUCUGGAAAACAGUGGGGGAACAAGAGUCCACAGCAGCAGCCCAGCCCAGAAUGCAUGAGCUGCCCCUUGCUCAACUUGGGCAUCAUCAGCCAAGAGCCGGUGAUCCACCCCAGCAGCUGA